CGCAGGUGAUAAACCUUUCCAUAACCUUUGCAGAGAUUUGUUGUGAAUAAAGUGGCAGAGAAUCACUCUACUGUAACUGUCUACCCAGCGUAGGUCAUUAAGUUUGCUCAGAUACACCAAGUUUUGUCGAAUUGUUGCCUUGAGCUGCCCCACCUACAACUUCCUCCAAUACGCCUCAUUUUCCUCUACAACCUCUUCCUCCUCUACAAUCCCCAAGAUGUCUUCUCCAGAGGUCUCUUCAGCUAUAAAGGCUAUUGAAACGGCGCCCGCAGCCGACAAACCCUCCCGCUACAAUUCUCUCCUCCAGACCGUCCUUAAGACCAGCAACUCUAGCAAUCUCGCUGCAAACCUGAUUGCUUUCGCCAGCUCGCUUCUCGGAGACCCCCUCGGCAUAGUUGCAUCACGCCCGCUCCUCGCCGCCUUCGUCGAACAAUUUCGUAAAGUCGAAGACGCAGAUGUAAAGGUUGAGGUAGGGCAGCAAGUCCUGGACCUGCUCGCACCAAAGGUAGUCUCGUAUGAAGAGCAGGAUACCCAGAUCAAAGAGAUUCUUGCAGACGCAUAUGAGGCUCAAGAGGACUACCGGGGAUCCGCCAAGAUCCUGCAGACUAUCACCCUCGACUCAAGUCAGCGGGCAGUUUCCAACGAUGACAAGGCGAAGAUCUGGGUUAGGAUCGUGAGAUGCUAUCUAGAAGAGGAGGACCCGACCAGUGCGUUCACAUACCUCAACAGGGUCAAGAAUGUGAUACACAGCGUGCAAGACAAGGAGACGCGGUUGAUGUUCCAGCUCAGUCAAGCUCGCAUCCACGAUUCGCAGCGUGCCUUCUUGGACGCAAGCCAGGCGUACUAUACCAUAAGUCUCGAGACUGUGAUCGCCGAAGAAGAGCGAUUACAUGGUCUAUCUUCGGCCAUUGUCUGCGCUGUGUUGGCGCCUGCUGGUCCGCAGCGUGCGAGGACUCUGGCAAAGCUGUACAAGGAUGAGCGGGCGCACCAAGUGGAGGAAUUCAGUAUCCUGGAGAAAAUGUUCCUCGACCGGCUUCUAUCCCCUGCUGAAGUAAAGGCCUUCUCCGAGAAGCUUCAGCCACAUCAUCUAGCGAAGAUGUCAGACGGAUCCACCGUUCUCGACAAAGCCGUCCUCGAACACAACCUCCUCGGCGCCUCGAAGCUAUACAACAACAUUGGUAUCGAUCAACUAGGUGAACUUUUAGGCGUCGAUGCAGACAGGGCCGAGGACUAUGCAGCAAAGAUGCUUGAGCAGGGCCGCUUGGCUGGAUACAUUGACCAGAUUGAUCGGCUAAUCUUCUUUGAAGGCGAAGGCAGCGGUGAACGCAAGACGGGCCAUGCGGAGAGGAUCGUCGGGAAAGAGCUGAGGAAGUGGGAUGCGAAUGUUCAGGGAUUGGCGGAAGAGGUGGAGAGGGUGACGACUAUGAUCCAGAACCAGUAUCCGGAGUUCUAUGCUACGCAGAUGGUGCAUUGAGUUGUGCUACAUUGCAUGGCGAGCAUAGCAGCUAAUCACGGAUAUAGGACUCCUUUCAUGCACUGCGAACGACUGGAACGACAGGUGAUUUCAGCACAAGAGGUUUGAAGCUGCGGUCUUUCGCUGAACGUCUGAAAGGACGGGGAUCACGAAAGUAAGAUACACAGGCCGCCAGCAAGCGUCUGAUGUCUCUUACUUGCAGUAUAGAAGGGGGAUCAUCCAAAUAUCUUAAACACAACAGAAUGUUGGCCUCUCAGUGGUACAGAAGAGCGUGCAUUCCAAUUACU